CUUUCGCAACUCAUUUCAUAACGCUUUUAUAACCUGCUGCUUUAAAUAAAGAGACUGCACAUCACACCGCAGGACGGUCUUCUUCUCCAAAAUGAAUUGCUUAGUAGGAGCAGUUGUGUUGCUGUUAUCAAUUACAGCAGAAGCCAGAGUUGGCAACUCCAAUGAGUCUACAUCCUACUGCACAGAGACCAAGGAGUGUCUGCUGUUUGAUCUGAUCUGUAAGGGAGAGGAAUAUGAGGUGCGUCAUUAUGAGGCUGCCAAAUGGGUGGCCACAGAGGCAGAGUCAAUUUUUAAGGAAAUGGCCAUAGUGAGAGCUUUCAGAAAACUUUUCAAGUACAUCACAGGUGCAAAUGAAGCAGGUGCUAAGAUUGACAUGACAGCCCCAGUCCUCACUAAAGUGAAAGAGGAAAUACCUUGGAUGGAAAAAUCAGUCUACGUUCUCAGCUUCCUGUUGCCUUCUGCCUACCAGAAUCAUGCUCCCCAGCCAAAUGACAGCAGUGUGUACCUCAUGGACAUGCCAGAUAUGAAGGUGUACGUUAAGAGCUUUGGAGGCUGGAUGGUAUCACCGAUAUCUAAAAUGUAUUCUGACAAGCUGAAGGAAGCACUCGACAAAGCUCAAGCCACUUAUGAAACAGACUACCACUAUGACGUUGGCUAUAACAGCCCAAUGAAGCUGACGAACAGACACAAUGAGGUGUGGUAUGUGGUCAAGGGAAAACCGGUGUGUCCACCUGCUGAGUAGCAACACUUGUCUGCCUCAUCUACAGCACGUCUGAGCUUCAAAAACCAGCAGACUGAAUUGUUUCAAGCCGGACCUGAAAACUGUCUUUUGUAUUUUUGUUGAUUGUUGACGCUUGAGUCAGAUUCAUUAUUCCAAUUUAUCAUUUAAAAAAAAAAAAAUCUUCCAGGCUUUUCUUUUUACUCAUUUUUUAAAAAUGAUUCAACAGUUCAUUUUAUUUGUUUGAACACAUUUUGAGUGUAUGAAAGCAAGAACUCAAUAACAGCCCAUAUUAAUAUCAUUUUGUUUUGUUUUUUGUCUGUAACUCAGCACCAGAGGUCGCCACUACCAAAAGAUUUAAUAACUCAAUAACUACAGGAUAUUUUGGUGAAGUUAUUCUGUAACAGAGGGGCUUUUUCAUAUAUAGGGAGACUUUCCUUGUUUUAAGACAGAGAUGAAAUCCUGGAUGCGUCUAUCUUUUAUAUGAACAUAUCAAAUAUGGAGUUUAAAAAAAAUACAGUCAAACUACAAAAUCAAGACCAUGGGUAUAGAUACUGAUGGACAGGCAUGUGAAGGAAAUAUUUGCUUUUAAUUAUUAGUCACUGACUCUUAUAAUCUCUGGCUAAAGUUUUAUGUUUAUUCAUGUAUUCUAUUUCAUUUUUUAUGACAUACAGUAGGACUGUUCAAUCUGUAGAUUUGAGCUGACAAACUUGUCUGAAGUUAUGCUUCUGUAGAGAAAAACCGAUCUGAAGAUUUCUUCGAGCAUGCAAAUAAAUAUCAAGAGAAAAAGAUCAA